UGUACAGCUCGACCAGAUACAAAUAUACCCUUUCCCUCCUAGUCACCGCCGUCAAUAUGGGCUGGUGGAAAGCAGAUCCCGUUCCUGAGCCGCCUCAACCACGACCAGCGCCCUCUAGUACACCCUCAGUCGCACCUCAUCCACUACCCUCACAAUUAUCGACAUCCUCCUCCGCCUCAGCAUCAUCAUGUCCAGUCGACCCGAAGACACGGUCAAUAUGGCUACAGCAAGCGCAAGCGCAAAAGAACUUUCAAACCCAGCCCCAGACUCAGACCCAACUUCCGCCGUCCCAUCCUCCUCUUCCAUCUAAUCCACCAAAAUCCCAUCCCCAUGCACUACCUCUCCCUUCAACAUACGGCUCCUCACAGGAAUGCUCCUCCGACCGUAUCUCGCAAUCACCCUCCUCUGAGCCUUCCUUCCGCACCACACGUCCCCUUUCUCACGAUCGAGCCGUAUCCUCCAUCCCUCGUGCUCUACCCUCGUCCGCCACUCCCUCAUCGCCCGCGAACAAUGAAUUCGAAACAGGCACCCACCACUCCGGAAACUGGAUCUACCCGUCCGAGUCUCAAUUCGUCAACGCAGUCAUGCGCAAGCAGACACUCUCCUCCUCAGAUCCCUCAGACUUGCUCUCCUCAGUCUCGCAUAUAAUUCCCAUCCACAACGCCGUCAACGAACGCGCCUGGACGCUGAUAAAAGCCUGGGAAGGAAACACCUCCCAACACUGCGGCGGCCCCAAACUCCAGUCCUUUCAGGGCCUCGGUAGCGGCGCAAUAUCGCCAAAAGCCCGCAUGAAGAGCCUAAUGGGUUACACUGCCCCGUUUGAUCGGCAUGACUGGGUCGUCGAGCGCUGCGGUGGAGAGACGGUCGAGUACGUUAUCGACUUCUACCAGGGGAAGCAAGACCCGAAUGGCAACCCGAAUAGUCUGAACUUUUAUCUCGAUGUACGCCCGAAAUUGAACAGCGUUGAGGGCUGCAAGAUGAGAGCUGGACGCUUCAUGGGGUGGCGAUGACACUGGCAGACAGUGCGUACAGAGUAUACGCGUGGCAAUGGCCCAGAGGGCAUGUAAGAACAGACAAUAUGCGUAAUUGGUGAUGGUGUAUGAUACCAAGGCUAGCAUGUUCAGAGACUCUCAAAGUCGGGAGAAGAACAUUGAUUUGCUCAUGGCCUUCUCGAAGGGACAUGAAUGUAAUUCAACUCAAUCUUGGGAUGCUAUGGACCGAGGGGAUCGCGGACUACCUAGUCGAGCCAUGCCUGAAUUUCAAUUCCGUGAAUCGCUUGCUUUACACGCAAGGGACUAGAAAAACACAAGUAGUCUAAACCGGGGCUCGGCAACACUUGUGAGAUGGCCAGGAAGGGUAGACGAGCUGUAUAACCCACUUCAAUCCUGAGGUAUCACCAAC